CUCUCUCUCUCUCUCUCUCUCUCUCUCUCUCUCUCUUUCUCUCUCAUUCACUCCACGCGCGUGUUUUAUCCUCUCCCGCUCCGCUCGCGCGCCUCCCGCUCCUCCAUGCCUCCUCGCGCGCUGGAUGUGAGUGUGUGAGCCGAAGCUGCGAUGCGGAUCGUCGUGUUGCCGCUGCUGUGGGGGCUCGCGGAGGGGGCUUUCCCCAGCAGCGUCCAGAUAGGUGGGUUGUUCAUCAGAAACACUGAUCAGGAAUACACUGCGUUCCGCUUGGCCAUAUUCCUGCACAACACCAGCCCCAACGCCACGGAGGCGCCCUUUAACCUCGUCCCGCACGUCGACAACAUCGAGACCGCCAACAGCUUUGCCGUCACCAACGCCUUCUGUUCGCAGUACUCGCGGGGUGUGUUUGCGAUUUUCGGCCUGUACGAUAAGCGCUCCGUGCACACCCUGACCUCCUUCUGCAGUGCUCUGCACAUCUCGCUGAUCUCCCCCAGCUUUCCCGCUGAGGGGGAGACGCAGUUCGUCCUGCAGUUACGGCCCAACCUGCGGGGGGCGCUCAUUAGCAUCCUGGACCAUUACGACUGGAACCGCUUCGUCUUCCUCUACGACACCGACAGAGGAUAUGCCAUCCUGCAGGCCAUCAUGGAGAAGGCAGGCCAGAAUGGCUGGCAGGUCAGCGCCAUCUGUGUGGAGAACUUUAAUGACGCUGGCUACCGGCGCCUCCUGGAGGACCUCGACCGGCGGCAGGAGAAAAAGUUUGUCAUUGACCUGGAGCCAGAACGUCUCCAGACUAUACUAGAACAGGCAGUCAGUGUGGGGAAGCAUGUGAAGGGAUAUCAUUACAUCAUCGCCAACCUGGGUUUUAAGGAUAUCUCUCUGGAGAGAUUCAUGCAUGGUGGGUCGAACGUUACAGGUUUUCAGCUGGUGGACUUCAGUAAGCCAAUGGUCAUCAAACUCAUGCAGCGCUGGAACAAACUGGACCAGAGAGAGUAUCCCGGCUCUGAAACCCCUCCCAAGUACACUUCCUCCCUGACGUACGAUGCUGUGCUGGUGAUGGCUGAGGCUUUCCGCAACCUUCGACGCCAGAAAAUCGACAUCUCUCGCAGAGGGAACGCUGGGGACUGCCUGGCCAAUCCCGCAGCUCCAUGGAAUCAGGGCAUUGAUAUGGAGCGCACCUUAAAACAGGUGCGUAUACAGGGCCUAACGGGGAAUAUUCAGUUUGACCAUUAUGGACGCAGAGUGAACUACACCAUGGACGUGUUUGAACUGAGGAGCAACGGACCUCAAAAGAUCGGUUACUGGAAUGACAUUGAUAAGCUGGUCCUGGUGCAGAACGAGCUGGGAGGAGGAAACGGAUCAGCCAUGGAGAACCGAACCGUUAUCGUCACCACCAUCAUGGAGGGACCGUACGUCAUGCUGAAGAAGAACUGGGAGAUGUAUGAAGGGAAUGACCAGUACGAGGGAUACUGCGUGGAUCUGGCGUCCGAAAUUGCGAAGCACAUCGGAAUCAAAUACAAGAUUUCCAUAGUUCCUGAUGGGAAGUAUGGAGCGAGGGAUCCAGAGACUAAAAUAUGGAACGGAAUGGUUGGGGAGCUGGUGUACGGGAAAGCGGAGAUCGCGGUGGCCCCUUUAACCAUAACGCUGGUCCGGGAGGAGGUCAUAGACUUCUCGAAGCCAUUCAUGAGCCUGGGCAUCUCCAUCAUGAUUAAGAAGCCGCAGAAGUCAAAGCCAGGCGUGUUCUCCUUCCUGGACCCGCUGGCCUACGAGAUCUGGAUGUGCAUCGUGUUCGCCUACAUCGGGGUGAGCGUGGUGCUCUUCCUGGUCAGCCGCUUCAGCCCGUAUGAGUGGCACACGGAGGAGCCCGAGGAGGGAUCGGAAUCUGCUCCAGCCGACCAGCCCCCCAAUGAGUUCGGAAUAUUCAACAGCCUCUGGUUCUCCCUCGGAGCUUUCAUGCAACAGGGCUGUGACUUCACUCCCAGGUCUCUCUCAGGUCGCAUUGUAGGAGGUGUUUGGUGGUUCUUCACCCUGAUCAUCAUCUCCUCCUACACGGCUAAUCUGGCUGCGUUCCUCACCGUGGAACGGAUGGUGUCUCCCAUAGAGAGUGCCGAGGAUUUGGCCAAGCAGACGGAGAUAGCAUACGGAACGCUGGAUGCUGGAUCCACCAAAGAGUUCUUCAGGAGGUCGAAGAUCGCGGUGUACGAGAAGAUGUGGGCGUACAUGAAGUCGGCGGAGCCGAGCGUGUUCACAAAGACGACAGCGGAGGGUGUGGCGCGAGUCCGGAAGUCCAAGGGGAAGUACGCCUUCCUGCUGGAGUCCACCAUGAACGAGUACACGGAGCAGAGGAAGCCCUGCGACACCAUGAAGGUCGGAGGGAACCUGGACUCGAAAGGAUACGGAGUGGCCACGCCCAAAGGCUCGCAGCUAAGAACCAGCAUCAGAAACGCAGUGAACCUGGCUGUGCUAAAGCUGAAUGAACAAGGCCUGUUGGACAAAUUGAAAAAUAAAUGGUGGUACGACAAAGGGGAGUGUGGCAGCGGGGGCGGGGACUCCAAGGACAAGAGCUCCCAGGCACUUAGCCUAAGCAACGUGGCGGGGGUCUUCUACAUCCUGGUGGGCGGCCUGGGGCUGGCCAUGCUGGUGGCGCUGGUGGAGUUCUGCUAUAAGUCGCGGGCCGAGGCUAAGCGAAUGCAGCUCACCUUCACCGAAGCCAUGAGAAACAAGGCCCGGCUGUCGAUCACGGGCAGCCUGGGGGAAAACGGGCGUGUCCUGACGCCAGACUGCCCUAAGGCUGUGCACUCUGGCCCCUCCCUCCACCACGGCCCCACCCUCGCCAUGGUGUCCUCCUCCGAGCUCCCAUAGCAACCAAAAAACUCACCCUGUGCCUUAUGCCACGCUAAUCCUGCUGACUACGCCAUGCUUCCGGCCGGCCCACCUGGACUACAAAAACUGACGAGAAAACUACGAUUACACUGAUUCAGUCAAUCUGGGAUGUAAAGAAAAAAAAAAAAGACAAAAUGUGAAGUUGAACAGCAAAGUGGAUUUUAAGAACAUAGAGAAAAGGCAAAGCGAACAAGAGAGGGCGUGAACUAUCUUCAGGAUUUCAGACGCCUUAAUACGAUCAUCGCAGAAACAUCACCCACGGAUGAAAACGAAAAAGACCACAAAACUGUAAACUUGAAACUCUGGACUGUGUAAAUUUCCUGUUCUUUCCACAAACAUUGUUUGAAACGAGACAAACACCACGCUUUUCUUUAGCCUCUGACCUACUCAGCUGUAGUCUCCGAGAAAUUAACGCAAAAAAAAAAGUAGCUAGAAUAUUAGCUAUAGUGUUAGCUAGCCACCCUGAGUGACAUCGCUGAGUUUAUUUAAAACAGAGAAAAGAC